AUGGCGCCUAGGAAGCCGUACUGCCAAAUGAUAGAUGGUGUGCCACGAUGUCCUGGCCUGGAGCCGGAGCUCUUCAGGGAGAGUCUGAAGUUUCGUGCGAAGAAAGGAGACUUGAUCCAGUGCACGUAUCCCAAGGCGGGCACACACUGGGUCAUGUACAUUAUCGAACUCAUCCUUAAAGGCGGCGAGGCCGUGCCAAACCAUGCCGAAUUUAUACGCUACGUUCGCUUCAUCGGCCGUAUGGAGACCGAAGGCUGGGAGUCGCCGCUGCCCAUCAGGCUAUUCACCACUCACGAGCCUCUCGCCAAGGAAACCAUGAAUCCCGAAGCGAAGUACGUUUACGUGGCCCGCAACCCUUGGGAUACCUGCGUGUCCUUCUACCACAUGGCAACGUCGCUCAGCAUGUUCAACUUCCGCGACGGUACCUUCGACGAAUUCUUCGACGCCUUCUUGCGCGGAGACUUUGGCUACGGCGACUAUUUCGACCACGUAGCUUCCGGUUACGCUCUGAGGAACGAGCCCAACUUGCUUUUCUUGACCUACGAAGACUUGAAGAAGAACACACGCGAAGUGGCACUCAAACUGGCUUAUUUCCUUGGGGACCACUAUGGAAAGCGCCUGGAGAGGGACGAGGGCCUUUUACAGAGCCUUCUGGAGAGGACCACGGCCGAGUACAUGCAAAGCGUGCUCGUGCUGGACGUUCAGGGUGUGGAUCCGGUGUGGAAGACACGUAGAACGGAAACUACGGUGCCAGACAAGUCGGCUUACGAAGGCGACCUUAGAAAGUACCGCCUUGUUCGGAAAGGGAAACCCGGUGACUGGAAAUCGUAUUUCUCGCCCGAGCAACUGCGACGCCUGGAGGCAAAGGUUGGAGAAAGGGGUCGAGGAGCGCAAUUCAUGGAACUGUGGAAAGACAUUCGAGACGAAACAAUUGCGGCAUCUCUCGGUUGA